AUGAGGGACAACAUUCAUAGAAGAACAUGUCACAGCUCUUUCAGCUACUCAUCUUUUGAUGAUGAAGAGGAGUUGAAGGAUGAAGAACAGGUGACGGCACCUGCGGAGGAGGAGUGUUCCCACAAGAGUGAAGAUGUGUCACGUGUUUCUCCACUACCCAGAACCACCCAGGUGGUAUUUGAGAUCCAGUCGGGAAGGGCUGUGCCUCGCCUCAGGGAGCCCCGACACCUGUACGGUGUGUCUGGACAUGUGUCCCAAACAUUGCCACGCUGGCCCCACGAGUGGGAGGUCAUCCCGGGGGAAAUUCAGCAUAUUGAGUGGGCUCCUCCCUUCCCAGAGCCGCUGUGUGCUCAGAUGAACACCAGCGAGUGGCUGAGACCAGAGUCUGAAGAGGAAGGCGCCGUUGUGUAUGACACACAGAGAGAUAAAGAUAACUACUUCCUGGGUUCUCGUGUGGGGGGCCGUCGCUCCUCCCUGACCGCUGCUGCUGUGUCUCUCUCUGGCCCUGAUGACAUCACUCUGCUGUUCGAGGGACGCUUCGAGAGUGGCAACCUGCUGAAAGCAACAAGGGUUGGUGAAUUUGAUUAUGAGCUCUCGCUACGGACGGACCUGUACACAGAGAAGCACACUCAGUGGUUCUACUUCCGGGUGAGGAACACGAGGGCAGGGGUUCGUUACCGCUUCACCAUCACCAACCUGCUAAAGGUGACCAGUCUGUAUGAAGAGGGGCAGCUGCCUCUGCUCUACUCUGAAGAGGAGGCCCGGAUCCAGGGGGUGGGCUGGCACCGCGUGGGCCAACAGGUCUCCUACCAACGUAACGGACGGCAGCACGCCAACCAGCCCUGCUACUCCCUCUCCUGGACCUUUUGCUUCCCUUAUGACCAGGACACCUGUUACCUGGCCCACUGCUUCCCCUACACCUACUCCAACCUGUGGGCCCACCUGUCCGAGAUCGAGCGGGACCCCCACCGCUCGCGGUUCUGUAAGGUGCGGACUCUGUGCCGGUCGCUGGCAGGUAACCUGGUUCCGGUGCUGACGGUGACCAACCCAUCCCACCGUGGGGACCGGAUUCACAAGCCUGCUGUGGUUUUGACCGCCCGGAUACACCCCGGGGAGACCAACAGCUCCUGGGUGAUGAGGGGUAUCCUGAACUUCCUGCUGGGAGAUUCUCCAGACGCGGCGCUGCUUCGAGAUGCCUUCGUCUUCAAGCUGGUGCCCAUGCUGAACCCGGACGGGGUUAUAGUAGGUAACUACCGCUGCUCGCUGACCGGACGUGACCUCAACCGCAACUACAAGUCCAUCCUCAGAGACUCCUUCCCUACCGUGUGGGCCACACACACCAUGGUUCAGAGACUGUGUGAGGAGCGUAAGGUGCUGCUGUACUGUGAUCUCCAUGGACACAGCCGUAAACACAACGUCUUCACCUACGGCUGUGAGAACCCCUGGCCCGCUGACAGACACCCUCACCAACGAGUCUUCCCUCUGAUGCUCAGCAAGAACUGCCCUGACAUGUUCUCGUUUGGGAGCUGUAAGUUCAAGGUACAGCGCAGUAAGGAGGGAACAGGUAGAGUGGCUCUGUGGAGGCUGGGGGUCCUCAACUCCUUCACCCUGGAGACAUCGUUCUGUGGCUCCAACAUCGGUAAGAGGAAAGGGACCCAUUUCAGCACUCAGGACCUAGAGAUGUUGGGGGCUCAGUUCUGUGACACACUACUGGACUACUGUGACCCGGACCGGACAAAGUACAGCGCGUGUUUGAGAGAGCUACAGGAGAUCAUGAGACAGGAGGCAGGUCUGCCAAUAGACAACGAGCCUACAGAUACCUCACUGACCGACCACGAGGCCAGCACCAGUGGAUCCAACAGCUCCCAGACGGACGGACCUCCUGCUCACCUCCAGGCCUUCAACAAGAUGACGUCCCGUAAGAAGCUGAAGUCCAAGAAGGAGAGGAACAAAUCUCCCCUGGUCAGAGCCAGGGAGAGUGAGGAAAAGGGGGUAUCUGUCCUAUACCUUGUCUUUGACACCAAGAAGCCGGCCAUGACAUCGAAGUCGGAGUACCUGCAGCACCUGAUGGCUGAUUAUGUGAGGAGCAGGAUGCAGCUGACCCUCAAUGGCUACGACUGGGGUCCUUGCCAGUGCCCCCAGGCCACCCACCUGCCCCACUCACAGCUGUCCCGGGACAACAGAGACGGGGAGCGACUGCCCGGCCUGGCUAACCUGCCUGCAGGAGACAAGUCCAUCAGAAGGCUCUCCCCAGUCCAGUGGAGAGGAACCACAUCCUACACCGCCCCAUCCAACCUGCAACUCCCAUCCAACAGGUAG